AUGAUUGAUUGGUUAACUAUUUCAAUUGCUUUAGUAAUUAUUACCACAUUAAUUGGUAUAUUUGGUAUUGUUGCAUGGAAAAUUACUAUGCCAGAUCCAUUAAUGUCAAUAAAUUCAACUGGAAAAAAAGAUGAUACAAAUUCAUUAUUUGAUGCAACAAAUGAGAAGAAAAAAAAAGAUAAAUCAAAUUAUGAACAAACAAAAAAAAAACGUAAAGAACAAAAAAAAUUAAAACGUGAUAAUAAAGAAGAAGAAGAUCAUCAACGACAUAAAGUUAAAUUUCAAGAACCAUUUGUACGAGAAAGUGAAGAAAGUGAUAAUGAAAGAGAAGAAAGUGAACAAGAAUCAGCAACACCACCACCACCACCAACUAUUGAAACAUCAUCAAAAGCUCGUAAACGUAAUAAAAAUAAGACAUCAACUCAUGUCGAAGGUAUUCUUAUUAAUAAAGGUGAAAAAAGUCCAGUUACAAAUCAAGCUGCACCAAUACCUCAUCCAUUAUUAGCAACUACAAUACCAAAAGAUGAAGUUGAAUUAGCUAAACAACAUUUGAAAACUCAUACAAAAUCAUCAAAUAAACAAACAAUACCUUCUCCUCCUGUACCAGUUAAAAAACCAACAUCAUCAUCAACAAAUGUUAAUCAAGGAGUUCAAAAACAACAACAACAACAGGAACAACCAUUUACUACUGUUGUUAAUAGUCGACAUAAAACUGUAACACCACCAUCACAACAACAACAACAACAACAACAACAACAACAGCAACAACAACAAAAUAAAUCGGUUAAUACAGCAUCAACAACUGUAUCUGCUCCUUCAACUCAACAACCAGCACCGGUUCAAGCUCAACAUGAACAAUUAGUUCAACGUCAACCAGCACCAGUUCAAACUCAACAUGAGCAAUUAGCUCAACGUCAACCAACUCGUCAACAACACCAACAACAAGAAACACCAACUCGUCAACAACAACAACACCAACAACAAGAAACACCAACUCAAAUCAAUGGUUUAAAUACAAAUCUAUCGUCUAUAAAACAACCAACUGUUGCUCCACCGAUGAAACUUGCUGAUCUUGUUAAAACUCUUCCAACAUCACAAACUGUUGUUACUGAACUUAUGUUAGCACUUGAUGCAGUUCCAUUAUCAACUGAUGAACUUGAUAUAAUUAUGCAUAAAAUUGCUAAUAAACAAUCAGUUAUCAAUAAAGAUUGGUCAAAAUUACAACAUGGUCAGAAAGUUGAUCCACAAGCACAUAUUGGUCAAAUUUUAGAUGAAUCAGCACGAGCAUAUGAAGAAGAUAUGAAAAAUAAUGCUAUGAAACGUAUACAAGAAUUAACUGAUGAACGUAAUAAUGAUAAACGUCGAAUAAAUGAUUUAUUAAACGAAAAAAAUGAAAAAGAUAUGGAUAUACAAGUACUUCAUGCUCAAUUGAAUGCAUUUCAACAUCCACAACAACAAAUUCAUACAUUUCAAGCUGAAUUUAAAAGACUUACAGAUGAAAAUACACAAUUAAAACAACGAUUGACUCAACAACAACAACAUUUUCAACAACAACAAUUUUCACCAUUAAAUAUAAUGAAUAAUGGUAGUGACUCAACAAAUGUUCAACUACGUGUAUUAAGUGAACAAACAAAAAAAUUAUCAGUUGAUAAUGCUAAUUUAGAAAAACAACUUAAUACUAAAGAAUUAUUAAUUCAAGAAGGACAGAAAGAAAAAGAUGAUUUACUUCGUUCAAAUCAACAAUUAGCACAAAAAGCUCAAGAAGCUCAAAAACAAUUUCAACUAAAUGAAGAAAAAUUAAUUAAAGAAUUAAAUGAAAAUCGAACAUUACAUAUGAAUCAAUUAAAUGAACAUAAAUGUCGUAUUGAACAAUUAGAUAUCGAUAAUGAAAAUUUACGACAAGAAAAAAUUCAAUUUGAAUCAAUAAAAUCAUUAACAUUAAAUAAUGAAGAACGUGAACAAUCUCAACGAGAAAUAAAUCAAUUAAAACAACAAUUAAUUGAAGAAAAUGAACAAUAUAAAAAGAAAUUACAUGAAAUUCAAACACAAUCUCAAUCUCGUGAAAAUGAAUUACGACAAGAAAAUGAACAACUUAGAAAGAAUAUCGAACAAAUUCAACAAGAUGAAACUCGAAAUACUGAACUAGCAGUUAAAACUGUACAAAUCGAUCAAUUACGAGCAGAACUUGAAGAAGCAAAAACUAAAAAUACACAAAUCGAUGGAUUACGAGCAGACCUUGAAGAAGCAAAAACAAAAAAUACACAAAUCGAUGGAUUACAGGCAGAACUUGAAGAAGCAAGAGCUAAAAAUGGGCAAAUCGAUGGAUUACG